GCGAAAGUGAAUGUUCAUUCAAAGAACUCUCUGAGUGAGCAUGAGUUAUGUUGUGUUGAGCACAAUUUUAUCCACGUACCAGUUUGGGAGUUUGAGCGGUAUCAGUUAAUAAAGCAUUCAUGAGGUGUUGCAUGUGUGAAGUGUCGCACUUUUAGCCUUGAGGUGCACAUUUCAUUAUCUGCUCAUGGUCAGAGUCAGGAGCGUUGUCUGUUGUGAGAAAUGGAGCCUGAAUCUUCCGGAUGCUAUUCUCUGGAUUGUGGAGGAGCUCUGGGAAAGUCCAAAGACUGUAAAAUGAGGAGGGGUUCUGAGGGCAUAAAAUGUCGUUUUCUGGAAGAUGCAAAUUUUGACCUCUUUAACAAGAGCCUCCAGAGGAGCAUCUCCAUACGAAGCACCAGUACAAUAGAGGAGGAGAAGGGUAAUCAUACAGACAGACACUUUAAUCGCUGUAGUUUCAAGAACCAUAGCAAAACUUUUUUCAAACAUUUUCCAGAUCUCUCUGAGACGGAUGAUUUAAUUCAUGCUUUCACCUGUGCCCUCCAAAAGGAAGUGCUCUACCACGGCAAGAUGUACGUGUCCCACCAGCAUGUGUGUUUCUACUCCUCUGUUCUACUGAAAGAGACUAAGGUCCAGAUAGAUGUGUCUGACAUCCAGAUUAUAAAGAAGAAGAACACAGCACGGGUUGUACCCAAUGCAAUCUCCAUCAUCACCAACACUGGUGACAAAUACCUGUUUGGAUCGCUACACAGUCGAGACGUGUGUUUCAAGGUCCUGAAGUCUUUAUGUCCACAGCUACAGUAUGUAAGAGCCAACGGAGGCCCUCAAAUGUCUUCUGCAGAAAACGUCCAUGAAAUGGAAGGCGACACAAUUUCCAGUCACUCCAGUCAGGAGGACAGUACAGACCCUCAUAGAUUCUCUGAUCCAGGGCGGGACAGGAAGACAGUCCACAGUGUUCCCUUAUCAUCGUCAGAAUCCAACCCUUCCCACGUUGAAGCAAGAAACAACUCUGCAUUAUGGAACGGCACCAACAGAGAUAGCGGUUCGUCAGAAGAGAACACAGGCGUCUCCUGGGUGGCCGUGGUAACAGAGAAGAUCAGAUAUUUCCUCUCCUUCGGAGGCACAACCAGCAUCAACAGACUCAUCACUGUCUAUCUCAUACUAGCUCUGCUCCUGCUCCUGUCAUCCGGCUAUAUUGGUCUGCGUAUUGCAGCUUUGGAAGAGCAGCUAAGCGCACUGGGAUCAGCGACUGAGCUCGGCCUACAGAGAUCGUAUAAGGAAACAUAACACCUUGCAUACAUGAAGAACCUGAAAGACACUGAAGGUGUCAAAACAAGGAACUUCUCGUCUCUUAACAUGCAGCGCAACAUGAGUCUUUGCUGCCACAGUGAACUGAUCGAGAAUCAAUCUGAAGCCAGAAGACUAUAUUCCCAGCAGGUCUGCUUAGACUCAGGCUCCAGCCGUGUCCCAAAUAGUGCACCGCAUUUGUCUGGGUGAUGUAACUGAAUGGAGAAUUAACUCUUUCAUGCAUGGCAUCCAACUUCAGGUACAGCGGAAUUCAAAGAUUAAAGGUGUUAAGAUUAAAUAUAAAUAAAGAUUAAAAAUAAAUAGAAAUAAAGUCAGAGUCAUUAGAUCAUUAAUUUAAUGGAUUAAGCUUUAAAAUAAACAUUAUUGUGAUCAAGGUUGCCAGGUCUGUGUUAUUUAUUCUCUCUCUAUUCAAAUACAUUUUGAAAAAGGUUACGGUAAACAAAGGGUGUGUGUUAGUAUAGACAAUGUCAUUUCAGUGUGCAAGUUAUAUGUGGAUUAUGAUCAUACCAAAGAACAUACUGCAAGUCAGAAAAACACACCACAGUGCACUUGUUUCCCCAGACAAAUAAAAACAAAUGGCCUUAAUUUCAGUACAUUAAAUGUAGUUUGUCUGGUUAUUUUGCUGAGACAUGGCAACCCUUAUCUAAAUAAACACCCCAAGCUUUCUAUCCAGGACACAUUGACUAUACUUCUUUAAACCAGCUGUCCACAUACAUGGACAUGUCCUGGAUAUAAUUGCACUUUUUCAUUAAAAAAGUUUUAGACUUAAAAGUUUAAGUUCGAAUAAAAAUUACUCCAAAACACAUGCAGUUUAUUAAUGUCUUGAUAGUCAGACCACAGUGGUCUAUACAAUAAAAAUACAUAAAAAAGUUAAUUUAUUGUUAGUAGUACAUUAUUAUUUAAACUUAGAAUUUAUGCAUGAAAGGGUUAAUGCAUGGGACAUGAAGAUCUACUACAUAGGACCCAAGACAUCCCUCGGCCUAGCUCUCUUGGGCCUUUAAGCUAUAUAUCUUUUUUAAUAGAUAUUCUUUUAAUGUUUUUUUUUUAGAAUGUUUUUUCUUUUCAUUUGUCUUUGCCUUUUUGCAUUCAAUGUUAAAAUCGUAUAAACAGAAUUAAUCUAAUGCUUCAUCAGUUCACUGUAAUGUACUUGCAGUAAACACGGGCUGUUAUCUGCUUUCAUUUCCAUCAGCUUUUCUUUCUCUUUGCUGUGCUGUGCAUAGAACAUUAUCUCCACCGCAUCCACGUUUUUAAAUAUUUCUCUUCUUUCUUUUCUCUAAGAAACAAAAACUUCUGAUGUUGAUUUCUUUCUGUCUGAUUAUCAGCAGGCACUUAAUUGUUAGUUAAUUUACUGUUUGUGCUUCAUUUUUCCAGCGUAUUAAUGUACAUUGAGCUAAGUGUAUCUUUUAUUUACACAGAAUUAUAUUUGAACUAUGAUGAAAUGAUUAAAUAAAAAUCUCUAUAUUUUUUCUUUAAAAUGUGUGAAUUUAUCAGACCUUGAAGUGCCAUUGAAGUACAUGCAUGGGAGCGUUUUAGAUUAGAUUUAAAAAGUAAAAGGUUUAUUUCCAGAACAUUAUUUAAAUACAAUUUUGUACAUUUAUUAGGAGCACAGAGCUUCGAUGUUGCUCAAUUACUGUAAUGAGUUUGUCUGUGUUUUGCCCUGUAUCUGUCUCCACCUGCAGCACCACCCUGGCCAUCAACUCCGCUAUGGUCUCUGGCUCGACCUGUGGCACCACCCUGGCUCCCAGCCCUGCUCUGGUCUCUGUCUCCACCUGCAGCACCACCCUGGCCGUCAAAUCCACUAUGGUCUCUGGCUCGACCUGU